AUGUCCAUCACUAAUUUUGGUGUAUAUGAAUAUCCAUUAAAAUGUCGGGUCAGGGCUGCCAACCGUACCCAUUUUGGGGGGUACAUAUUUUGUACCCCAUUUCGUUUUUUAAGUCUGGAAUGUGAUAAAACACCAUAUCAAGGUCUAUAUGAAUAUCCAUUAAAAUGUCGAGUAAGUCUGUAUGAAUGUCCAUUACUAAUUCUGGUAAGUGUAUAUGAAUAUCCAUUAAAAUGUCAGGUAAGUCUAUACGAAUGUCCAUUACUAAUUCUGGGAAGUGUAUAUGAAUAUCGAUUACAAUUUCUGGUCUAUAUGAAUAACCAUUAA